GCGGUUCCAUGUUUUCAUUUUAUUUAGCCGGUCAUAAUAACUAACUAGAAAAAAGUUAGGAUCUCGUUUGAUAUUUGACUGUUGAGGCGCGUUUGUAUUUGUAAAUCAGAAUCAGGAUAGUUUCUGGAACAAAAACUGGAGAUUUCUGGAAAGAAUGUCAUCUGAAAUUGAAGAGAAACAUAAGAUCUCAGGUGUAAUUGAUCUGGAGUUUACAAAAAAUGACUAUUUAUGGGAAUUUACAAGAUACAAGACCUUCACGAAAUGGCCAUUCAAAACAAAUGCACAAUGCCUUCCAGCAAAAAUGGCCGAAGCUGGAUGGUAUUGUACGAACACUGAUCCAGAUGACCCUAGUGCCAAGUGUGCUUUCUGCCUGAAAGAGUUGAGUGGAUGGGAGCGUUCAGACGAACCUUGGGCUGAACACUCAAAACAUAAUGACCAAUGUCCGUUUGUAAAACUGGGCAAACCUGAGAGGGACUGCACUGUAGCCAAUAUGUUCCAUCUUCUUGAAGCCAGAAUGCUUAAGAUAUUGGAGGUGCAACAUCAAGAAAAUCUAAGAAAAUUAGAAGAAAGAAGAAUGAAGAUUGUUACAGAAAUAAAAAAGAAAUAUAAACAAUCAAUGUAGCUUCUUUAGACAGAUUUGUUUGUAACAUUUUAAUACUAUCUAAAUUUGUUUGAAGUUUUCUACCAUUGUAUAUAAGAUGUAUUUUUUAAACAGUACAAUUAAAAUAUUUUUACCUCAA